CACAUAUUCACCACCGAAAAAUGUUGACACGUAAAGAAGAAUUAUUUGUGAAGCCUUUUCAACAAAGAUUAUAUCAUCAGCACAAAGUCAAACUUAAGUCAGCCACUGCGAGGGUAGAUACAACACCACCACAAGAAUGGCAGCACAUAGUGCUGAAGACAAAAAAAUACCAAAAAGAACGAGAGAGGUGUACACAAAUAUUAUUAAACAACGGUAUACUGUGGAGACAUCUGAACGAAAUAAUGAGUACCAGACGAGUAGAUAACCGUUGGGAUUACGAACAACCUAAGUUUUUUCAUAGAGUCAAUUUAUUUACAAAAAGUAAUAAUAAACUAACUGUUGACAUUGAAGAAUCAUCAGAGUCUGGUAGAGUUCAAACUGAAGUAAAAAAUGAAAGGUGCAUUGCAUGUAACCCAAAUUUGUCAAUUUCCAAGGCCAACAUACCAGAGGAGAGAAUACCAUGGGAUCCACCAAAAAAAAAAUUAUCGAAAAAAUUACGGAGUUUAUCUAUCCAUAACGAUGGGGUUGUAAAGAAUACGAAACAUCAAGUAUUGAAUAAGUCUAGGCAGAGUCAGCAAAAAAGUACAGUUUCAAAAAAAAAAAUUGAUAACAAGUUAAACAUCAAUAACAACAUAAUGAUUGAAACUAACAAUUAUUUAAAUUAUAUUGAAAUAAAUGAAGGUUCAUUAGAUCUUAUCAUAAAGUUUCCAUCUGGGAGCAAAGUGUCGAUGGUCGAAGGGAAAACAAAACGAGUACUUCAGCCUAAUAAUUGUCAAUGUACAAGAUGUCUUUGAGUUAUUACACAUAGCAUUUUAAAUUCAUAUUAUUAUAAUAAGUAAACAAGUAUAGUUAAACAUACAAUAUUGUCAUGGUAUUUUUUAAUUUCACAAAA